AUGGUGGCUGGAAAACUUAAGCGAAACCCGGACGCCGGCGUGGCGACUGCGGUCCAGGGGAUUAUCCAACAUCAAAAGUUCAAGCGCAUGCUUUUGUUCGGGUUGCGCUCGCUUUCCGAUUUUUGCAACCCGAACAAUCAGCUCUACCAGGAAAAUGCUCAAGACGCCAUGGAUAGGGGAGUUCUCCCCGCCAUGCAAACCGCAGUGGAAACUUUUCCAGACGAUGAAGACCUGAUGACUUGUUGCUCGCGAAUCAUCUGGGCAAUGUCUGAUGCCUGCAAGGAUGAUUUGGAUGCAAACCGGAUUGCACUUCUGGCAGCUCAUGGAGGACCAAUUUGCUUGGGUAUUGUCAACAGUUCUCCAAGCGACUCUUCGACUGUGGCUGACACGAUGACCUUUGUCGAGAAUAUGGACAAGACGGGGAGUCCGUUGGACGGGGCCGCUUUGGCUCCUGGUUUAUUGGCCAUCUUUACAAAGAAGGUGCAGGUGAAAACGGCAGCGCGUGUGGCAGCAGCUCUUGCAGUUGCUACGAAUUCUCCGGCAGGCGCAGCGGGCGCAGCGGCAGCGGGUGGGAUGGAGGCAGUUCUUGCUUUCUGCCUGGCGAGUGGGGAUAUGUCAGAGGCUUCCGUGCAGUGCGUUGAGGCCACCUUCGACGCAUGCAAGCACUUGGCAGAACAGGGGCAGGCGCAGGCCCAUGUGCUGGAGCAGUGUAUUGGUGUGAUGGAUAAGUAUCGCAGCAAGAAGGGUGCCUUUGCAAAAGGUUCUGCAGCGUUGGCAGCGAUGGUUGGACCGGAACAGUUGCAGCAGUGUCUUUCUACACUCAAGUCGAGCUCGCCAGGAAGCGCUGAGCACGACGAGGCUUUAACGACUCUUGGAUCAAUGUCUUACAUUUCUUCUUUCACGGAUGAGAUCGUACGCGCGGGGGGUAUCCCCAUGUUGUGCGAAUUGAUUAACAGCGGCCUGACUCAACUCGAAUCGAACCCCGAAAAGAUCUACAAAAUGAUUGGAGGCGCAGCGAAAAUGCUUGCCCGCAUUGCCUCCAACCCUUCAAACGUCGAUUCCAUGGUUCAGGCGGGCGCUGUUGCCACACUCGCUACAGCUGUGUCGUAUUGCACAGAAAAUCUAGAGUGUCUAGGGGCUUUGUGCAUGGCCCUGACUCCCCUAGCUGCGCGCGAGAGUCUAGCUAGCGAAAUUGUACAAUACCAAACAUUCGCCACAGUCCUCCCCCUCCUCUAUCAGCAUGUCGAGAACGCAGACUUCGCGCCUUUGGCAAUGGAACUUGUCUCCAAUGGUUCGCAGCACGCUGAGCUGCACCAGCACAUGGUGGGGAACUUGGCAGUGGAGAUCUGCGCCAUGUGUUGCAGCUAUCACUUGAAGGAUACGGCCUUCCAGGCCAAUGCGAUCUUGUCACUUAAUCGGUUGGCUGGCAACUUGUCGAGCGUUCACAACAUUUUGGAGUAUAACGGCUUUCAAGGCAUCAACGCGUCGAUUGUGGCUAACAUCCAGGACAUAACCAUCGUGCAGGGCGCUGUGCAGCUGUAUGAGCAGCUUUCGAAGGUGGCAGAUGCCAAGUCUUACAUGGCCAGCACAGACUGCGUCGAUGCAGUGCUAGAGGCGAUGCUUGAGCACGAGCAGAACGAGGCGCUGGUGAACUCGGGCAUCAAUUGCUUGGCGGUGAUUGCAACGGAAAACGAUUGCAAUCGCCACCUCAGUGGUCUCGACACAGCUAUGCAGACAGCCAAGGGAGAUCCCGACAGGGCGUACCGCGCGCUUGCAGCUGUUGCAGGUCUCAGCCGAGUGAGCCAUCUGCGGCAGUCUUUCGAAGCCAGAAAUGCGGCGGAAACGAUCAUGAAGGGAAUUCAAAGCUGGAUCGAUGGAUCCCGUUUCGAUGGCCAAGGGCGCGUCAUUCGCGCUGGUCUGAAGACUGUGAAGAUCAUCAAAGUCAGCGGGGACGGAGACCUGACGCAGGUGCUGGUGAGCAUGUGCGAUAUUGCAUGCCUUCCUCAAAUGAAGCGGAUUGUGGAGUUGGAGGAACCUGACGACAACAUUCUGGUGCACUGCACGGCGAGCGCUAGAGACGUUGCGGCCACCGGCAGAAUAGCCAGAGAAAGCAUUGAGAGUGCCGUGGAGGCAAUCAUGAAGGUUAUGCGCAAGUACACCGACAGCAGACACUCACAGAUCAACUGUCUGGAUGCCCUCAACUACCUUGCCUUGUGCGAUUCUGGAGGCGGCGUGGCGGUCCUCGUGAGAUCUGGCGCAGUCAAUGCGGUGGUCCAGUAUCUCAACAAGACACCCAUGUACCUCAAUGCCCAGAUUGCGGGCUUCACGGUGCUCGCAACAUGUGCCAAGGUUGAUCCAGCAUCAGCGGAAGUCAUGAAGAAGUGCAACGUGCUGUCUGCCUUGAAGGUGGCGAUGCGGACACAUUCCAAGAGCAAGGAGCUCAAGAGAACCAUCGCCCCUCUUCUUGCAUUGCUGAUGCCUGUCGACGCCCUGGAGCGCGAGAUAGCCGAGAGGAUUGCAGAAUGCAAGGAUGGAAUGGCUAGGAACAACGUUGCUGCUAUGCACGAGGCCCUGGGGGAGCUGAACGAGCUCCUGGUAUCGGCCGAAGGUGCCAAGAUAGCCGCUCGUUUGGGAGUUGGGAGCGACUUGGAGCAGUUUGCGGGCUAUGUGUCGGCGAACAAAAGCGUGGCAUUGGCGGCUACCGACUACGACAUCCUUGGGAAUGAUUUGCACGUGUCGACAAUGUCAGAGAUUGCGCACGCCGUUGAGCAGAUGGCGUCGGUGCGGAUUGGGUGUCUCCACGCGAUCAAGACAGGCAACGUGGAAAGCGUGCUGAACUUGUACGCAACUCUGAAUGCGACGGAACGGAGCAGCUUUUCUGAGGAGGCGGCGUUGCAUUGUCUUGAGGCAUUGCGUCUCAUGGUCAAGACGGAUAAGAAAUCGGCGGAUAUCGCGUUCGAGCUCAACGUGGUGGCUACGCUAUGCUCUGGCAUUGACAGUUACCAGGAGUCUGCGCCGGUGCUCGCCGCAACAUGCGGGUGCCUUGCGGGGCUGGCCACGACCCCUGCCCGUGUUGAAGCUCUUCUUGCGCAGCCUGACUUUGACAAUCUCGUCAAUCGGCUUGUGCGGAUCAUCAGCGAGGAUCCCAGGAGAGAGAACAGACUUGUGGCGAUUCAGGCGCUGCGCGAGCUUGUCGAGCGAUGCAACGAUCCUUCGUUGGCGGCCAGGAUCUCGGAGGCGGGUGCUGUAGUUGCGCUCUUCGCGGCUAUCGAGAAUUACGGCGACGACGAGGAAAUCGUUCGCGAAGCGGCAACUACCUUGGCGCUUCUGGGUAUGAGCGAUGACUUGCGCCGCUUCUACGGCAACGACGUGCGUGUCCCUUGCAUGGUUCUGACCACGGCAAUCGACAAGCAGAAGAACAGCGAUGCGGCUGCCCUCCAGUUGCUGAGCGUGAUGAACCGUAUCACCACGCGGGAAGACCGCCCAGUGCUGAAGGAGUUGGGGGCGAUGGGCCAGGUUGCGGACGUGAUGCGGCUGCAUUUCGACAACGAAAAUAUCACAAAAGUCGGUGGUGAGCUCUUCGCGAAGAUGGGUGCCGACGAGCAGAUCAAGAGCAUCAUGCUGCAGAUUAUUGCGACAGCAGAGAGCGGCGACGAGAACACCGUGGCUACCGUAGACGCACUGAGUUCACAGCUGGCCAUGUUUUUGGCAGCCCCCCUGGAAGACCCUGCAGAUGCGUUGCAACACUCCGAAAAAUGCCUCACUGCACUCACGACAGUGCUGCAGAUGGCACCCGAGGAUCAGCGGCUGCACGGGAACGUCGCCACCGUGGCGCGUAGGCUGUGUGAUCGCUGCUUCGACGAUCCCAACGAUUCUUUCGGAGCAUGGGCAGUGGCAAGCAGCGGCUUGCUGCAUCAGCUGGGGGGUAUGAUUGCGGCUGGACAAGUAGACAGCAACAAGGGCUUCUUGGUUCCUGGCUACAGGACGUUGGCUGCAUGCGCUGCAAAUCCGUACAGCAUGCCCACCCUCCAAGAGGUUGCACCUACGAUCUUGCCGCAGACAUACACGCUGCUGGAAGCCCACAAAAACGAUGCGGAAACGACCGCGCGCAUGCUGGAAUUCCUCAGAUACUUGGCCGAAGAUGCGAACGGAACGGCCCUCGUUACGCAGUAUAUGACGGGAGCCUCUGGCGACAUUGUGGCCCUUACCUUGUUGCUGAUGCAGCAGCACCAGCAAAACGAUGCCGUUGUUACGUCGGGCAUGUACUUGUUGGGGGCGCUUGCGUACAACGGUGCCGUGGCGAAUGCUGCGCCGAUUCCGCAGAUUUCCGAUGGUUCUGCCUUGCGGGAGUGCGAGGCGGUGUGUGGAGCGAAUGCCAGCGAGGAACGCAUGAUCGCAUACGCAGCGUUGCUAGAGCGUUUGAUUCUGUCGCAGUCUUACGGGGAUGCUCUUGGCCAGCACAAGGCACUCGAGAAGCUGGUUCUCAGGAUGCAGGCAGAGGAGGAGAGCAAGAAGUUGUCGGAGGAAGAGCGCAUUGCUAUGUUUUCCGCAGUGUGCAGGGUGUUCAUGGCCGCCGGAGCCGCUGCGAUGGUUGCCGAUAUAGAGCAGUCCAAGGGAUUCGACCUUAUUGUUCAGGGCAUCGAGGACUAUCCAGACAACCCCACGCUGAUCCGCGAUUCUUGCCGUGCCUUAGCUGCCAUGUCAGCGAGCGAUGCCAACUUGGCAGCGCGUACAAUUAAGGAGGCGAUCCCGCUGCUGUCCGCGGGGGAGGCGCAAGCUACGAUUGCCGGUGACAUGGAGUGCUCUGAUGCAUACUGCGAUUUGAUGAUGCAGCUCUGCGCUGCGGAGGGCAACGGACGGCAGCUUCUCAGCCUCGACGGCGUCGAAGACACCCUAAGCUACGUGGAGGCGCUGUGUGAUGCGACAGGAACCGAAGAGGCAGCCGAACUCAGAAAGAAGGCUGCAAUGAUUCGCCAGGCCAUGGCUGAUGAUCAGCCACACGAGAAGACCUGCAAGGACGUGUAUGACCUGCUGAAUAAUCGCGUUGCAUCUUCGCUAUCCGUGACGAUUUCCGAGGUGGCAGUUCUGCAGGAAGAACUCGAGUUCGUCUUCGGUCGCAUGCAAAUGUACAACGGAGAGAAGCUUGACUGGAAUACGCCAGUUGGCGCCGACCACCAGUAUGGAAACAUGGCCUUGGAAAUUUUUGCAUCCUCCGCCCCGAACUACAAGCCGCUGCAGCAGCAAGACUUCGUCAAGAUGGAGCUGUCUGUCAUCAAGAGUGUGAAGGACGAAGAAAUCGUUCUCUACGGCGUGAAGGCUCUGGCAGCAGGAUGCAAAUUCCCAGCGUGCGCCCAGGAUACGGCGAGGACCACCGGUAGUCCGGUUAUUGUUAGCGAUGCCUUGAGCAGAGUCAACAAAGUUACUGACAUGACAAACGAGAGAAAGGAGGAGCACUUGUGCGCGAGACUCCUGCUGGUGGAACGCGUGGCCGUCAACCGCAAUCUUUUCAACAAGACGCACGCCGUUUCCGAGCUUAUUCGCUGCUGGAAUGACUUCGACAAGGGCCUCUACACAACCACGCUGCUCAGACAUGUGUUCCGCGCCAUGAGGCGUGUUGUUUCGGACGCGCAUGUUGAUGAAUUGCUCAAAGCCAACGUGCUGCAGCGGCUCAUUGCCAUCAUCAAGGACUUGAACGCGGACAUCGCGCUGCUGCCUGAUGUGCUCUUCCUGUUGGGAUCUCUGGCAGUUGUGCCAGAAAUCAAGACGAAAAUAGGCGAGCUGGAUGGCGUGAAUGCCUGCUUCGAGCUGCUCUCUCGCUCUCUGCCAAAUCCGCAGGCCACAGCCGUGGUGACAAACACCUGCCUGGCGUUCGCCAACAUCUGCAUCGGUCAUAAGAAGAAUACUGAAUUGUUUCACAAGCUUGGAGGUCCCGAUCUCACUGUACGCGUCUUGAAUGAGCGCUGCACUGAAUAUGAUGUCUGCAACGCUGCAUCCGUGUUGCUCUGCAACUUGCUGUACAAGAACGAGUCGAUGAAGCAGCACCUCGGAACCAACGGAGCUCCCGCUGCUCUUGUGAAGGGUCUAUCGAAUUACGAUGGUUCAAAUGAACGCGCCGCGAUCCGUUGCUUAGAAUCGCUCUUCAAAGCGAUUAGCAAUUUGUCGCUGUACACUCCAAACAUUCAACCCUUCUUGGAUGCAGGAAUUGAGAACGCGUACAGUGCGUGGCUUAGCAAUCUGACGGAGGAAUUCCCUGACGCGCAGCUAGAAACCGGGUGCCGCACGCUGGCGAAUCUUGUGAUGGAAAAUGACCCGAACAAUAUGCGGAAGUUCGGUGUCUGUCUGCUUCCGUGCAUGCAAGUCGCAAAGCAAGGACGCCAGGAGACAAAGGCGCUCCUGCUACUUCUGGACAUCGAGGCCUCCCUGUGUCGUUUGAACGAGAACGCUGUCACGUUUGCAGAAAACGGCGGUAUUGAAACAACGAUUCGCAUUAUUCAUCAAUUCGAUUAUGACGUCGGCCUGCUGACGUUGGGCAUCCACUUGCUGAGUAUCCAGUCGAGCGUCAUGUCUUCGGUACAGCGGAUGGUAGAGGCUGACGUGUUUUCCAUUCUGGUGGGAUGCGUGGAGGUUGACGCUGAAGGCAACGAGGUAACAGACCUUGUUGUCGGUGGUUUGCGCUGCACUCGGCGUAUCGUCCGGUCUCAAGAACUCGCUUUCGAGUAUUGCAACGCAGGUGGCAUUGCGACUGUGGCGAACGUGAUUUGCAAGUCGAUUAACCAGCCGAUGGUGAUGCUGGAGGCGUGCCGUGUGCUGCUUUGCCUCCUCGCUUUAACGACACGUUCCCAGGAUGAGCGUGCGGCAGCUGUCCAGGCGCUGCACGAUGCAGCCGCGAAGGCUGCGCAAGAUUCGGGGGCCAUCCCUGACGAGAACGGCGAGAUUCCAGGGGCAGAACCGGAUCCCGAGGAGCUUGCCAACGCAGCCUACGGCGGUUGGUAUCACAUGGGCAUGGACGAGGUCAUGAUUGGCGCGAUCAUUCAAGCUGUGUGCGCUUGUGCCGGCUCGGAGGCGCAUGCGAAGCAGCUGCGUCUGCAGCGCGUAUGCCUCGGUGUGGCUGCUCACUUUGUUUCGGAGCAGAUGGGUCAAGAUUCGUUUGUUGGCAGCGGCGGAGAGUUGGUGAUCCUGCAGGCUCUAACCACGUUCGCCGGAGAGAUGUCUAUUGCGCAGCUCUCUUGCAUCAUUGUAAACUCGAUUGCAAUGACGUCGGGAGACAUGUACGAUAGUAUCAAGACGAAGGAACUGGUGCUCGCAUUCAAGGGGAGUGUCACUAAGCUGCCAGUCAAGAAGCCCGAGGAGAAGGCGAUUCGCGAUGAGUGCCAGAAGACGCUCGAGGCUCUGAGCUCAAGCCUGGACCCGAUGGACGCGUUUGCAUCCACAGUCACGGAACUGGAUUUGAAUAUAACGCAGUGGAAUGUCGAUCCGUAUCCCAAUGGCGUCCACGAUCUUCCUGUUCAUGUCAAGGAUGCUCUACGCAAAGGCGGGGAGCUCAAAGUGUACAUCGGUGACAAGGAUGCAGAUAAAAUCAGAUGGCGCAGUUCUCAGGACCUCAACGCUUUUGAGUGGAAUGUGGGUAAUGAAACGGAUUGGAAUAAUCGGGUUCCGAUUGUUCGGAUUCGAAAUGUGGCAAAAGGCCUCUCUCACCCUGCGCUUGUCAAGGCAAACAAGAAGUCGUCUAGGACGGUGACCUCAAAGAUUUGCCUCUGCGUCUUUGGACCGCCCAACGAGGAUAACCCUGCUGGAAUCGAGCUGCCACUUCGGGCAAAGAAUCAGAAGGAACGUGAUCAACUGGUAGAAAUGCUUGUGCAGUGGCGUGACGCGGCUACCUACAACUUUUGA